AUGUCAUCUUUUUCACCCGUUCUUAACAGUCAUCUCUCUCCUAAAGGAACACAAUUCCCGUUUUUCUCUUCAGAGAAACAGGACGAAGCUGAUAUUGAAGAUUUGCGUCGUGAAUUACGUAGGCUUAUAAAAAAACGAGAGGAACUGACUCUCACUUUAGAUAAUGAGGAAAAAAACAUUCCUCCCCACGUAAGUGAUAAUUUAAUGAACAGAAAGGAAGAAAAUGCAUUAAGCAGGAAGGAAAGCGAUGCUAACAAUAAGGCGAGGCAGCUUUUCCAACAAAAAGCUUCCGACAGGUUGAAAAUUGAAGAAUUAUUACAAGCGUAUCAUAUGACGGGAAAAACCAUUUUUCAGGAUAAAAAAAAUCGAGUUGGGUUACGAUUUGAAACCUUUUUUAAAGGGAAGAUUUUGGAGCCCUAUUAUAUAUUUGUAGAAAAUGAACUGAAUACCGAAAAAUUAAUUGUUGCUAAACAUACGAUUCCAAGCUUUAUCCCGUUGAAAGAACUAGAAACAGCAUACCUGAAUGAUAAUAUGGAUAAAUUUCUAGAAAUUGUGGAUGAUUAUCUCCAAGCUUACGUAACGCGACGAGAAGAGUUUUCCCUCGUGCACAAAAUCUUAGGAAAAAGAAAUGAUAAUAAUGAUUUUGUGUCAAAUAACGCUUGCAGUUUUUUCGAAUUUCGCGUUCAGACUGCGCAAGGGAUUAAUAUUAAGGUAACUCUGACUUACGGCGAAUUAAAAUCCGCAAUACCUUCCAACGUAGUUGUUCACAAUGUAUCAUCAAAAGAGCUGAUAAAAUCUCGAAAUUAUAUAGUUCGAAUGAGACAAAUUGAAAAUGAAUUCAAGAAAAGAAAUUUAAUAGAAGUUUUUGAUCUUUAUUUUCUUAAUAAUGCUUAA